CAUUAUCUAUGUACCGAGGUACUUAAUAUAUGAGCGAUCCCCGUAUUUCACCAUUUCACCUCCGAGGCUGCUGUGCAUAAUACAUACAUGUACAUCUAGGAUGGUACGUUAGGUAACCUACCAACGUACAUAAUAAUACUAGGUACAGAUCCGAUUUUAGGUAGUUGCUAGCUCAUCCCCAGAGACUCCAACGACUUCAAUGUUAUUCUUCGUUUAGGUAUUAUUCGAGUCGCCAAGCCCUUGUCAUUAGAUAAAAAAGGGGGGUUCAACUGGGGACUAAUUCGAGUUUUAUGUCCAAAGUUGGCCGACGCUAAGUAAAGUUACGGUUAGCUUCACGAGGCUAGGGGUCCUUCCAGGCCUUCCAGGGGGGUUUCCGCACAAUGAUGCUUGCAGUUGCUUGCUGCUUUUGGUUUAUCUCCAAUCUGAGGCGUAUCACUUUCGAGUCUCUGCCGUACACUGACUUUAUUAUUCACAUCCACAUAAAAUAUGUCUACUCCUUUGUCCAAUAAUCUUACUUCCCAAAGACGUAUAUCCAGUCUUCCUUCACCGUCUCAUCCCGCCACCCUAUCCGUUAAAAGCGUAUUCACUCCUAAUUCUACGAACCCCGACUUAUCCAAUCCCUCGUCAGCAUCAUCCGCUACCACCAGCUUUAAGGUAGACUGGUCGUCUGAUGGUGCUAACCAUUCUUCUGCCAACCCUACCGGUCGCCGUCUCGAGGAUAUUGAGAUGGAUUCCAUAGCUCCUCCAGGCCAUCGCCGCCGCCGAAGUACCCUUACCGCCAACCCCAACAUCCCUCAGCCGUCUACUUCGCGAACUCCACGGACACGUUCCACCAGCGCUAAGAGACCGGGGGAGCUGGAAGGCAAAAUCUCCGAAGAGGAUCAGCGUCGGGACGCGUCAAGAUCGGACAGCAAAGAAGACGACAGUUUAUCUGAAGAAGACCUGCACGAUGACGAGGAGACAGGUCUGACAAAGAAGGAUAAGCGGAGGAAACGAGCUAAGCGACGGCGCAAUACAAGGUUAGACCAGAGAAUUGCGCGGGACAAGAUCACAGACGAGGAGCGAAAAGAGGCAGACCAGGACGUAUUUAAGAAAUUGGUCGUCAAUGGUGUUCUGAUUGGGCUCUGGUAUCUAUUCUCGCUUUCGAUUUCUUUAUACAACAAAUGGAUGUUCGAUUCGGGCCAGCUCAAUUUUGCAUUCCCCUUAUUUACAACAGCAGUGCACAUGCUCGUGCAAUUUUCCCUUGCGAGUUUAGUAUUAUACUUUAUACCCUCCCUACGACCUAACAAUGGCCAACACAAUUCCGACCUGGGCCGAUCGAGACACGAGUCCGAGCCCGAACGUCCCAUUAUGACCAAGAUGUUUUAUUUGACGAGAAUAGGGCCGUGUGGCGCGGCAACUGGCUUAGAUAUUGGACUCGGAAAUACAUCUCUAAAAUUCAUUACCCUUACAUUUUACACCAUGUGUAAAUCUUCUUCCCUAGCCUUCGUUUUACUCUUCGCCUUUGUUUUCCGCCUCGAAAGUCCCACGUGGAAGCUAGUUGGCAUCAUCGCAACCAUGACAGCCGGUGUGGUAAUGAUGGUUGCAGGGGAGAUCGAGUUCCAACUAGGAGGAUUUAUUCUCGUAAUAUCCGCCGCCUUUUUCUCCGGCUUCCGCUGGGGUCUGACGCAGAUCCUCCUGCUUCGGAACCCCGCCACGUCGAACCCGUUCUCUAGCAUCUUCUUCCUUGCGCCGGUCAUGUUCGCCACGCUGAUAGUAAUCGCGGUACCGGUAGAAGGCUUCUUCGAGCUGAUAAAGGGGCUGCAGGUGUUAGCCAAUGAAUGGGGUGCUCUUAGAACACCUCUUAUCCUCCUUUUCCCAGGAACGAUCGCUUUCUUGAUGACUGCCAGCGAAUUUGCUCUGUUGCAGCGGAGCAGCGUAGUCACGCUUUCUAUCGCCGGUAUCUUCAAAGAGGUGGUCACUAUUUCGGCAGCAGCAUUAGUUUUUGACGACAAGCUUACGCCCAUAAACAUCUCAGGUCUUGUCGUGACCAUCUGUGCUAUUGGCGCAUACAAUUGGAUCAAGCUCUCCAAGAUGCGUAACGACGCCCGAAUGGAAGCACAUAACCGAGGCUACCAGCAAGCGCAAUCAGGUUCAUCGAGCGAGUUUGAACGCGGAAGUGAUUCCGACGAGGAAGAGACGGGACUCCUAGCUCAUGAAGAAGCCACCGGCAUCGAAGAUAGCCUGCUUGCAGUCGACGGGGAUAUAAUACCGAAUGCAGGUCCCUCCAGCUCGACGGAACCCCACCGGACCGAACGUUCUCGAGAAGAUUGAUUAUCGCAUGCUACAUUUCAUUUGUAUGGGGUUCAUUAACAGAAUAGAAGCAUAGGAAAUAUGGCGCAACUUAUACAUCUAUGUGGGGUUUAGCAUGCUCGAACGCGGCAGUUAAACAGCAAAACUGCACGCACGAGAAGGGCCAGUGGGACAAGUGAACCAGUCGCCUAAAAAGUAAGAGGCCGAAUACUGCAUUAGCAGGAGUAACAAGGAGCACUUGAUAAAGGGCCAGGCCCGCGUAUUUAUCUACUAAAUAGGUAGAAAUCAGCCGACCAACCGAUCGGUCAGUUGGACAGAAGCAGGCAGAUCUCCUACGUUCAAAACUUGGAGAAGUAGGAGAAAACGGGAGCAGAACAAGGCUAGUGUGAGCAACGAGCAGACAUAUUAGCAAGAUACCCCAUUGCAAAAAUAGAGAAGGCCGAUGCAUCCUGCUAACCAGGCGCGGACGCUUGUUUAGUAGGCUAUAGAACGUGUAGAGAUGUGUUUUAUAGAAACAUCACAUGUACCUCAUGUACGGAUAUAUAAAGUGGCUUAGGCUGGUAUCAUCGGUGGUUAAUAUUGUCGAGUUGAGAAUUAGCAUAGGAUCGGAUCAAGAUUGUAGCAAGACUCAAUAUUAUAUAUCAUAUCACAACGUGUGUGCGAGGUACAACAAGGAUGAAUUGGCG